AUGGCGACGGUUCUCGAUUCCCUCACUCUUCCUUGUUCAUCCGCCUUUGCUUCCACCGCUUUCUCUGCCCGUCGCACCCCCGUUUCUCGUCCGCAGUGCAGAGGCUUGAAGAUCGCACACAGCUUCACUUCUCACUCUCUACGAUCUGCCAGAUCCAAUGCUAGAUUUCCUCACCGUUCUGCAACUAUUGUUUGUGAAGCUCAGGAAACUGCUGCCAUUGUACCUGCUGCUUUAGAAGCUACCUGGCAGUCACAAGUUAUAGAAUCUAAAUUGCCCGUCGUAGUUGAAUUUUGGGCUUCAUGGUGCGGUCCUUGCCGUAUGAUUCAUCCGAUCAUUGAUGAUUUAUCAAAAGAGUAUGAAGGAAAGUUUAAAUUUUACAAGGUGGAUACUGAUAACAACUCUUCGAUUGCAUCCCGAUAUGGUAUCAGAAGGAGGCAAUAA